AGGGUGUUUUGCUUUUAUUUUUAAUAUUUGACUUUCUUUUUUUUUUUAUUUAUGCCAAAGUUGUAUUUUAUGAAAUAAUCUAUACGCGAUUUUGCAUGUUGAAUUUAUGAAGGUUACGAUUAUGUUUUUUAUUUUCUUAUUUUUUAUGUUUUAAAAUCUUAUAGACGGAUUAACUUUUUACUUUGUUGUGAUGAAGAAGAAAGGAAACGAUUUUGCUGCUUAGAUUACCUAAUCCUUGCAACAUGUUCAAGAUCUCAGACAAGUUGGCAAAACAAAAGGGCGAGCAGACCUCAGAGGAGUUUCCAAAGCAAGAGGCUGAGCAGAUUAAAAAGGAGUUGUCAAACCAAGAAGGUGAGCAAAUAUCAAAGGAGUUGCCAAACCACGAGGGUGAUCAGAUAUCAAUGGAUUUGACAAACCAAGAUAGUGUGUCGACAUCUAACAGUUUUGAUGCUAUUGACGACAAUAAACGCCCGCUAGAAGAUGGAGAGCACCCUGCCACGAGAAAAGCUGCAAAACCAUUAGAAUUUCAUGAGAAAGAAGAGACAGUGAAAGGUAUGCAUGAUCUUUCUCUAACCCAAAUUGAGGAAGAAAAUAAACCAAAUCAGUCAGAUUCAAGUUCACUCAUUUUCGAGCUUAGGCGAGACAUGUCAGUCAAAUGUCUUGCUCACUGCUCAAGGUCUGACUAUGGUGCAAUAGCGGCAGUGAAUAAAACAUUCCGGUCUCUCAUUCGAAGUGGAGAACUUUACAGGGUGAGGCGGCGUAUGGGUAUCGUUGAACAUUGGGUUUAUUUCUCGUGCAACCCGAUGGAAUGGGAGGCAUUUGAUCCAUUUCGCCAUAGAUGGAUGCGCUUGCCACAAAUGCCUCCAAAUGAAUGCUUCACGUUUUCAGACAAGGAGUCGUUGGCUGUCGGCACGGAUCUUCUUGUUUUUGGGAAGGAAAUAACUUCCCAUAUUGUAUAUAAGUAUGGUUUCUUAGCUAACACAUGGUCAGUUGGAAUCAAUAUGAAUGCACCAAGGUGCUUGUUUGGGUCAGCCAGCUUAGGAGAAAUUGCCAUUGUAGCUGGCGGUUGUGAUUCAACUGGUAGAAUUUUGAGCUCAGCCGAGCUUUACAAUUCAGAAACGAGCACGUGGGAGAGUAUCCCUAAUAUGCACAAGCCAAGAAAGAUGUGCUCAGGGGCUUUUAUUGAUAGCAAAUUUUAUGUAAUUGGCGGAAUUGGGAUAGAGAACCCUAGCAUGCUUACUUGUGCUGAAGUUUAUGAUUUAGAGGAAAAUACAUGGACAGUAAUACCGAACAUGUUUCCACCGCGAAACGGGGAGGUUGAGGUUGCAACAUUUGCUGUAGGUGGGGCACCGCCGUUAAUUGCUGUUGUGAAAAACGAACUGUAUGCAGCUGAUUAUGUAAGACACGAGGUGAGCAAAUAUGACAAGGAGAGGAAUGAGUGGAUCACACUUGGGAGACUGCCAGAGCGAGCAGAUUCAAUUAACGGAUGGGGUAUAGCUUUCAAGGGAUGUGGAGACAUGCUCGUCGUUAUCGGUGGACCAACGAAUUCAGGUGGAGGAAUGGUUGAGAUAAAUGCUUGGGUAACAGGUGAAGGUCCUCCAGAGUGGAACUUGCUUGCAACAAAACCCUCUUCUAGUUUUGUAUAUAAUUGUGCUGUGAUGGGAUGCUAAGAUGCUGGCCUUGGUUAUGCAGCUGGCCUUAUGUAGUUGGGUUCUUGCCGGGUUGGAAGUUACGAGGGCUUUUCAAAGUUUGGUGGUAAUGUAUAGAAUAGGCACUAUUGAAUAAAUGAAUGUGCGGGUAAAGUUGUAGUUGUUCUACAUAGUUUUUGCAAAGUUUAACUUAAUGUCCUAUUCCUAUA